AAUUCAACGGGGUGGCCAAAUGAAUCACAUUUUAGCUAAAAGAAAGUGAGCUUCAUUAAGAAUCCAAGGUUUUUGUCAGAACAAAAGGCAGCAAAUAAAACGCUUGAUUAACUCCACAAUAUCCCCCAUACAAAAGUUCGAAGAAGAGCUGCUCCAACAGGGAGGGAAGAAGCAGCAGGAGCAGGAGGAAGAAGUGAGAACGAAACGCAACAUUAAGUGAAGUGAAGUAGUCAAGAGUGGUUAAGGUAUUGACCAUUAAACCCACAUCAACGGCAUGGCACACUUUUGUUGGCAACUCAAAUUGCUGAUUUUGCUGUUGAUGUUGUGUCGCUGCCAGUCGCGACCUCGUCCCGCACCCGUUCCCUCGCCGAUGGGUCGACAUAGUGAGCUCAUUGCUGGCAAUGAGUUCCUCAAGCUAUUUCUCGAUCAUGAUGAACAGCAGCGUAAUCUGCACAGCAGCGAGGAUUUCGAGGGCAGAGGUGAGGCCAUCAGUUCCUCCAGUUCAUUACCACUUACGAGUAGCAUAAGGACAAAUAAUGCCAGGAGUUUGGAGCACAAGACGCGCUAUCGCAAUGCGAAUAGCCAGCAUGAGGCAGACGAUGGGAGCAAGCAGCAGGUUAAGUUGGUAACCACAGGCAGUAAGAUUGUCUUUCUGGAGGAUCCUCCAAAUCACAAGCAGUCGAAAACUAAACUCAAAGACGAGGUGAAAGUGGUGGCAGUCAGUGUUAGCUCCUCCAGCAAACGUGGCCCACCAUCAAGGGGGCGUCUUCCAAUUAGUCCAGUGAGCCCAGUGAGUGCCUCUGGCUCGGAUUUCGUCAAUCGUUCGCAUAAAAGUGAAUUGUCCAUUGAGGAAACAGAGCCUAGACUAGCGGCCGAUGCCAUGGAUGGCGAGAGUGGCGAUUCCUUAAAUAGUGCAUCGAAUAUACAAAAUGUAUUGGCAGCUCCAUUGGUGGCGGCCAGCCAUGCGGCAUUUGCCAGAAAUCAUAGUGAGACGGAUAACGAGGAAGAUGACAAAUUGCUGCCCUUCCAGACGGUUAUCUAUCAUGAUACCAAGCCGGGCAAUAGUCACGGACCACAGUCUAGAUCAAUUUCAUAUAGUUCCAUAUCACAGAAUGUUGAGGAUCUGCAGGGAUGGCAACAAUCGGCUGGCAUUUUGGCCGAGGCUCAACGCAAUGUCAGUGAGAGUUUGCAGCAAAGGCAGGGAUCACACGCUUCCGAGCCAUCAAAAUUCUAUUCAAUACCAUCGAAAAUGUACAGUGUUCCUUCGAAAUUCUAUUCUGAGCCAGCCAAGGUUUACUCUGAACCAGCCAAAAUGUAUGGCCAGCCGGAGAAGGUUUAUUCUGAACCAGCAAAGGUAUAUGGCCAGCCAUCGAAAUUCUACUCAGAGCCGGCGAAAGUCUAUUCACAGCCAGCAAAAGUGUAUGGGGAACCAGCAAAGACCUAUUGGCCGCAAAGCAGCCCGGCAACCACAACAUCAACUACGGCUGGUAGCCAAUCGUCCAGUGUGGAAACUCCUUUGGCUACCACAACUUCAUUGCCGCCCAUAACUGUGCCACCGGGUCCAGCUCCAACCACCUUUGUGCCCUCACGUUUGCGUCGACCUGCAAUUGUCUCGCGCAUUGCUUUUGGUGAGGCUCAGACCACUUCGACGACGACGACAACGACGUCGACGACGACCACAAAAACAACCACAGUAAGACCCACAACAACCACAGCAAAGCCAGUAACAACAACUGCAACUGCAACUGGAACGUCUGCCAUAGUUAGGCCAACCACUUGGCAGCAACAUUAUCACAGUCAUCAUCAUCAUCUGCUCCAACAGCAGCAGCAGCAGCAGCAGCAGCAACAGCAGAGGCAAUCGCCGUCUAUAACUGCGUCACAGCCGCCGCGUCGUGUACUCUUCAAUUUGGAUAAAUUACCUUAUGAUUUAUUGAAUGCACCGCAACCACAGUCGCACCACCAACAACAGCAGCAGCAUCUAUUGGAGCCAAUAUUAUCGAAGAGCGACUACCAGCAACAACAUCAUCAUCAUCAGCAACCUCAUAAUCAUCAUCGUCCAUGUUGGGAGCAACGUCAGCAUUCAUCACUGUCGCUCCAACAUUCUAAUCAAAAUGCCAAAGGAUUGCCCAAUAGAGAUCUAGUCAAGUGUGUUUCUACAAAAUUUGCACAGCAACAUCCACAAUCAGUGUCGGCGUAUUCGUAUAGCUCCAGCUCCACCAGUUCAUCCUCAUCAUCAUCUUCGGCGGGCAGAGUUCGGGACCCUGUCAUGCCACAACACUUUACCACCGAACGGCCUGAGCUCUAUACACCGACCCCAGAGCAAAAUUACGAAAUUGAAGAGUCCGUAAGUGUUAUGACAAACGGACGAGCCCAUGGGCUGCAGGGUGGUGCAGCCGCUGGGGUUGGGGGUCUAAGCUCAGCGUUGGCCAUUGCCACAACACCAGCCGGACCAGUAACUACAUUGGCAUCAACAACAAGCAUUCGGAAUCGUGGCAUAGACAGAGGACGUGGUUCGGUGGUGUACAACGCCAACGCAAAUGCCAACGAUUACAACGAUGAUGGCGGUAGCGAAAACGACAACAACAACAACAACGGCGAUGAUGAUGAUGAUGAUGGUGAUGUGAGAGAGGGCGACGAUGGUGAUGGUAAUGGUAAUGGUAAUGGAAAUGGAAAUGGAGACGAGUCGGAUGAAGACAAAGUGGCCUAUGUGGUGGAGGGACGAAACUAUCGCAAAUAUCGUGUAGAGGAGAAGACAGACGAUGGUUUCAUUGUCGGCGAGUAUGGUGUGGUGGACCACAACGAUGGAAAUUUGCGCGGUGUGCGUUAUACAGCCGAUUCGACCAUUAAUCGCAGUCUGAUACAAAAGGCGUUGUUGACAUUUCUGAAGCUGAAGUAGUUUGUUGAAGUUUAGAGUCAUGUAGAGUCGCCCAUAGAGCACAGCUGGGCAAGCAGCCGAAGAAUCCCAGCAGCUGCAACAAAAGAAUGGCCUUCCAAUUUCAUACACAUGUGAUCCAAGUCGUAUUGUAGUUAGCUCUAACUUAAAUUAAUAUUAGCCUUACAGUUUUAUUCGGCCACGAACUAUGUAGUCGUUAGUUAGUUAGCUACCUAGUUAGUUAGUGUAGUUAGUUGGACCCACAAUUGAUAGCCAGUAGGAGACCAAUAGAAUCAGAAUCGGAAUCAUUUUACAUAUGCUUCUUUCUUUUUUUUUUUUUCUACUUCCUAUAUAAA